AUGUUCUCAGACCUAAGUGUUCAGAGAGGCUCCUCUCUGCUGUGCCGCCCUGCCUCCGAGGACCAGGGCCCGGUGUUUGAGGAGGAUGUCUUUGGUUAUUAGUCCCUGCUCUCAGCGCUACAACGGUUGGGUGAGCGGAGCUUCAGCCGCCAGUAUGCUCAUAUUUACGCAGCACGACUCAUGCAGAUGAGGCCUCUGCUGUCAGAGAGAGCUCAGCAGAAGUGGGGAUCCGAUGUGGUUAUCAGGAAGCUGUGUAAUCUAGAGACAGGGGAGCAGUGUGCAUUGGUUGGGACUUUGUUCAAGCGGAUGGACUUGCAGCCAUCUAUUCUGAAGGAAAUCAGUGAGGAGCACAACCUCCUGCCUCAGCCUGCACGAGCUAAAUACAUUCAUGAAUCAGAUGAGCUGAUUCUGGAGGAUGAACUCCAGAGGAUUAAACUAGAGGGGAAAAUUGACAAAGACAAGUGUGUCACAGGUAGUGUGAUUGCAGUAUAUGGUGCUGAGAGGAACGAUGGGAAGUUCACAGUUGAGGACUUUUGCACAGCAGAUCUCCCUUUGCAGACAGCAAGACCUGCACUUGACUCUGACAGGUUUGUGCUCCUGGCCUCAGGCCUGGGACUUGGCAGUACUCAUGCUGACAGCAUGCUGGGUCUACAGUUGCUUGUCGACAUGGUAACUGGUCAGCUUGGUGACCUCGGUGAGCAGAGCGGUGCAGCAACGAUUUCCAGGGUUCUCCUGGCCGGAAACCUCCUGAGUCAAAACAUUCAGGACAAGGAUGCAUCAACAAAGGCCAAGUAUCUAACUAAAAAGACCCAAGCUGGCAGUGUGGAUGCCAUUCGUUUGCUGGAUGAGUUGCUGCUUCAGCUAGUGGCCUCAGUUCCUGUGGAUGUAAUGCCUGGCCAGUGCGACCCCACCAACUACACCCUCCCACAGCAGCCUCUCCACCGAUGUAUGUUCCCAUUGUCGUCUGUUUACCCCACACUACAGCUAGCCUCAAAUCCCUACCAGGCCAACAUAAACGGAGUGAGGUUCCUCGGUACAUCAGGACAGAAUGUCUUCGACAUUCAGAAGUACAGCAGCAGGGACAGCCACCUGGAAAUAUUAGAGGAAACGCUUCGACUCAGACAUCUGGCCCCUACGGCACCUGAUACGCUAGGUUGUUACCCAUUUUACCAAAAAGACCCUUUCAUUUUGGAAGAGUGUCCCCAUGUUUACUUCAGUGGCAAUGCCCCUACUUUUGACUCUAAGCUCAUCAAAGGGCCGGAUGGCCAGGAGGUCCUUUUGGUUACUGUUCCAGAGUUCAGCAGCACACAAACAGCAUGCCUUGUCAAUUUACGCACUCUUCAGUGUGAGCCAGUCAGCUUUUCUGCCUUUUCUCCAGAUGAAGAUGAGGAAAGUGAGAUGAACAUCAGCCACUGAGGACACAACUGGUGCUUAUUUAGGCAGAUCUCUUUUUGCCACAGAAAGAUCAAAUGAACUUCAGGCCAAAAAUCACAAUCCUUGCUGCAGAGAAGCUUUCCAAUAAAAUACACUUACCUCGUAGGUUUCUUUUGGUGUUUCUGUUAAAAUAAUUUUUUCAUUAAACUGAAAGAAAACCAGCACUUGAUAUCCCACAUGAAUCGGGUGCUUAAAAAAAGAGAGAAGAGACCUGUGUUUUUUA